AUGGGAAUGAAGGCUAUUCACUUUGGCGGUGGCAACAUCGGCCGUGGCUUCGUUGCCGAGUUCCUGCACACUGCAGGCUACGAGGUCGUCUUCAUUGAUGUCAUGGAUAACAUCAUCAACGAGCUACAGAAUACCAAGUCUUACCAAGUCACCGAGGUCAGCGAAGCUGGUGAGACCACCAAGACCAUCACCAACUACCGCGCCAUCAACUCCAAGACCCAUGAGCAAGACGUCGUUGAAGAGAUCUCCACGGCUGACAUCGUCACCUGUGCCGUGGGUCCCAACAUUCUCAAGUUCAUUGCUCCCGUCAUCGCCAAGGGCAUUGACAUCCGCUCUACCCCCAAACCACUGGCCGUCAUUGCCUGUGAGAAUGCCAUCGGUGCCACCGACACUCUCCGUGGUCACAUCGAGUCCCACACGGACUCGGAGCGUCUCGAGACUAUGGGUGAGCGUGCUCAAUAUGCCAACUCUGCCAUCGACCGCAUUGUCCCGGCUCAGGCCCCCAACAGCGGCUUGAACGUGCGCAUCGAGAAGUUCUACGAGUGGGUUGUCGAGAAGGGUCCCUUCGGCAACGUGGGCCACCCAAACAUCCCCGCCAUUCACUGGGUUGACCACUUGGAGCCAUACAUUGAGCGCAAGCUCUUCACCGUCAACACCAGCCACGCCACUGCUGCGUACUAUGGCCGCUACGCCGGCAAGAAGACCAUUGCCGAGGCCAUGCACGACUCGUACAUCCGCGGCGUCGUCCGUGAUGUGCUCAAGGAGACUGCCUCGCUCAUCAUUGACAAGCACGAGAUCGAAGCUCAGGAGCAGCAGGAAUACGUCGAGACCAUCAUCGCCCGUAUCUCCAACCCUUACCUGGAAGACAGCGUCGAGCGUGUCGGUCGUGCACCCGUGCGCAAGCUUGGCCGUAAGGAGCGUUUCAUUGGACCUGCUGCUCAACUCGCCGAGCGCGGCAUGAAGUACGAUUCUCUCCUGGGUUCCGUCGAGAUGGCUUUGCGUUUCCAGAACGUCAAGGAUGAUGCGGAGAGUGUCGAACUCGCCACCAUUCUAAAGGAGAACGCGCCGGCCGAUGCGACAGUCCAACUGACUGGAUUGGAACGUACGCACCCACUCUUCUCGGCCGUCGUCAAGGUCGUGGACCAGGUGCAAUCUGAAGCCAAGGAAACUGGCCAGCCCCGCAUUUAG